AUGACUCCGGUGUCCUGGACACAACACUGCAAAAGGGCACGAGAGACAAGAAGCUCAAGCAGUGAUCUCAGAGCCCGGCCGCACCAGGGCCUGUCAGGAUCCACAACCAGGAAAUACACAUUCAAGGAGAAGACUGGCUCCAUCACGGAAGAGGUCAUCUUUGCGACCAUGAGCACUAAUUUCAUAUCAGGGCUGUCUCGGGACGGUCUCAAAUAA